AUGUGUGUUGAGGUGAGCGCUCAAUCCUCCACCAACACCUCGUCGAUGGCGGACCACAGACCAGAAGACUGGACGCCCGACCAACCGGCACGCGUUGAGUGGGACUGUCGUCUUGCAUCACUGCGCAACGUCCUCACGGAUCUACGUGGCCUCCUUCAGGAUCUUGUUGCUAUUCCUACAAAGGUAUCCUCCUCCUUGACUGCGUGUUGA